UCAUAUUUAACACACCCACCCAGAUUCACACAUGCUACAGGAGGUGCAUUUACUCCUAGAGGUUGGCUGGUCCUGCGGGAGGAUCUCUGUCUCUUGUUACCUGUGCAGUUUAUUGCGUUGGCUCGCCUCGGUUGAUUAGUCUGGGACUCGACGUGACAAAGAAUUACGCAUCCUGGAUCGCCGAGGUGGAUAAGAGCACACAUUACUUUUCGGGGACUUUCCCAUAAAGCACUUCAAAUGUGAAUAGGUUGCACUUCCCGUGCAUUCCUUUUCCCCCCCUCCCCGGGCCGAAGUCCCAGCUGAUCCACGGCUGCUCUGUGCCCCGCACAGAAUCGAGGUUGGACGGUGAGACCGAUGCGCGCCCUCGAACCUCUUGGACACGCACGUUUAACGGACCAUUUCCCCCCGCGUAUCACAGCUGCUUUUGGAUCCUACUCACUUGUCUGCUACUCUUCUGAAAUAUUUGGUGGUGGCAGUGGGAAGAAGAUGUGGCUUGCCCAAAUCGACCGUUGGUCUGAACCGACUCAACGUGUUUUACCUGGACGCUUGCGGAUGAUUUUGCGCUUCUGAAAAAUCUCUCCUGGACACCCGCGCGCAUAAAGCAGCUAGGACUCUGAUGUUGAAAAUACAAAGGCUGAACACUGAAUCCUUUACUCAAGACGGCAAGUGAAGAUGGCUCCUACGUGUUUAAUGUAUAUUUCAUUAGAUUGGCGUCCAGUCUAAUAAACAUAAUCAGCGAUGUAGUCAGCUUGUUCAUCUGCGUGCUCAUCAUUUGCAGUAAAUACUCACAUCUGCUCAAAAGAGAGACCAUGAAGAUGAUCCUCCUGCGCAAAUUCCGGGUUUUGAUCCUCAUGGUGUUCCUUAUCGCAUGCUCCAUGCACAUAAUGAUAGACUUGUUACCAAAACUGGAGAGGCAUGGCAACAGCGGCUGCUCGUGCUCCCACACGCCGAGCGAGGAGCCUCAGAGCUGGGGGAAGCAGGGCUGGCCUAACAAGCACACCCUGCGGAUCCUCCAGGACUUCAGCAACGAGCCCAGCUCCAAUGUUUCCUCCCACUCCCUGGAAAGGAUCCCGGUUCCAGGCGACAAAACGCAGGCUCUCAGGAGACUGGAGCACCUGGGGCAACGUGGUGACAGGAAGAGACAGUUCAUCCAGGACGCCACAGUGGCCAAAAACAUGCCGGUUAAGGGUUCAAGGUUGUCGGCUCUGUAUGACCACCCCUUAUAUAAAAGAUCCCCGCCACCUCUGACAGACGAGGACACGCUGUUCAACGUCAACACGGACAUCAGAUUUGACCCCAAAGCUGCAGAGGAUCAGGCAUGGAACACUGAAGGCAACAUGGAUGAGUUCAGCCCAACAGGGGAGCUGACGGCCGACUCCUACCCCAACUGGCUCCGCUUCCACAUUGGAAUAAAUCGAUACGAGCUGUACUCCAGACACAACCCAGUCAUCGACGCCCUCCUGAAGGACCUGGUCACCCAGAGGAUCACCAGCGUUGCAAUGAAGUCUGGAGGCACUCAGCUCAAGCUCAUCAUGACCUUCCAGAACUACGGCCAGGCUCUCUUUAAACCCAUGAAGCAGACCCGGGAGCAGGAGACCCCACCAGACUUCUUCUAUUUCUCUGACUUUGAAAGACACAACGCCGAGAUCGCUGCCUUUCAUCUGGACAAGAUCCUGGACUUCCGCCGUGUCCCUCCUGUGGCCGGCAGGCUUGUCAACAUGACAAAGGAAAUCCGAGAUGUCACACGAGACAAAAAGCUCUGGAGGACAUUCUUCAUUUCACCAGCCAACAACGUGUGUUUCUACGGAGAGUGUUCGUACUACUGCUCCACUGAGCACGCUCUGUGCGGGAAACCAGACCAGAUAGAAGGAUCCCUGGCUGCCUUCCUCCCAGACUUAGCCCUCGCCAAACGCAAGACCUGGAGGAACCCGUGGAGACGCUCCUACCACAAACGCAAGAAGGCAGAAUGGGAGGUGGACCCGGACUACUGCGAGGAAGUCAAACAGACUCCACCUUAUGACAGUGGGACACGACUGUUGGACAUCAUGGACAUGACCGUCUUUGACUUCCUCAUGGGAAACAUGGAUCGCCACCAUUAUGAGACGUUCGAAAAGUUUGGAAAUGAGACCUUUAUCAUCCAUCUGGACAACGGCAGAGGCUUUGGAAAGCACUCCCAUGACGAGAUAUCCAUUCUGGUGCCGUUGACCCAGUGCUGCAGGGUAAGGAAGUCGACCCACUUGCGUCUGCAGCUGCUGGCUAAGGAAGAAUACAAGCUGUCCAUGCUCAUGGCAGAAUCCCUGGUGAGGGACCGCCUCAGUCCCAUCCUUAUCCAGCCACACCUGGAUGCCAUGGACCGACGACUACGCCAGGUGCUGAAUGUGCUGUCAGAAUGCAUCGAAAAGGAGGGCUACAGUUACGUUGUAGAGGACGACCUGCAGGGGCACCAAGGGACAGACCACGCCCACACCGGCCCACGGCGGAGGUAGCUGUCUCGGGGCGUUGGCAGCUGGAUAGGACUGACUCCCUGGAGAUAGGAGGAGAUCCAGUCUUUUCCUUAAAACUGAACUGGCAUCCCGUAACACAGACGAGCUCCAUCUGUACUGAAUUUCUCAGAGGGCUUGAUUUUCUUUUGCUGAACUUCCAGGGAGGCCCGUCUGCCUGAGGUUUAAUAGGAGCUGCCUGGAAGUGGAAGCCUGCUGGAUAGGACUGAUCUUUGAC